AUGUAUAAGAAUUACAAUUUUAUUUAUGUAUUAACCUUUUUCAAUAAUAAUCUUAAAUUCUACUAAACUUAAAUAUGCUUCAAUUUCAUUUGCAAAUACUAUUUUUUAUUGCUAAUUAUUAUUAUGAUUUAUUUAAAGAAUUCGAACUUAUUUAUUCUUAAUAAAACUAAUCAUAACGUAACAAUUAAAAAAUCUUAAUAACACUUUAACAAACUUCAGUUAGUUAGAACUGGCACUAGAUUUACAAAAAUUAACGAUCCAUAACAUAAGAGUGAUGUAAAUUAAACUGUUUUCUAUUUAAUCAUGAUUUUUAAUGAUAUUUUAGCAAAUAAAUUAACAAUAAAUUUAUUUAUAUUAAUAUUAUCUUUUAAUUCAAAUAAUCAGUUAGAUAUGUCAAAUAAUCGAAAUUAUUCACCAUCAAGAGAGAGAGUGGCAAAAAUAAGUUCUUAAUUAAGUUAAAUGGAUUUAACAAUAGAAGGAGAGAGAACUAAAAGAAUAGAGGAAUCAGAAACAAGAUUAGAUUAAUUGGAAUCUGGAUUGAAUGAAUUGAAUGAAUAAUUGAGUUAAAGAGUAGCUUUGAUAAAAGAUAGUGUAUUGAAAUUAUAGAAAGUGUUGGAUUAAACAAAAUUAUAAAGAGAAUAACAUUUUGAAUAGAAACAAAAGGAAUACAUAGAUUUAGAGAAUUCAUUCAAUUAAGCAGUUGAAGGAUUGACAUCAACAAGAAAAGAUGGAGAAUAGAAGAUAAUAAGAUUUAUUGAAGAAAAGACAGGAUUAAUAAGAAGUGAAUUGAGUACAGAAAGUAGAACAAGAAAUGAGAAUAUUGAAAGAUUGAAUUAAUGUUUAGAAACUGAUUUACCAAGAUUACAUGAAGCUAUAAAGACAGAAGUAGCAGAAAGAGAAGAAAUGGAUUCUAAUAUAUCUAGAAAAAUGAAUGAAGAAUUAAGCAAAUUAAAUUAAUUAUUAGUAUAAGAGAAAGUUAAUAGAUAAGAAUCAGAAUAAGCAAUCUUUGAUAUGUUAAAAGAUGUUGUCAAUAGAAUUAAAACUGAAGUAGAUAAUGAAAAAAAAUAAAGAGAAUCAACUGAAGAAACACUCCUAGCUUUAUUAGAAGAUACUUGCAAUAAAGUUAAUGCCGCAUAACUAGCAUGAGUUUCAUAAUCAUCAUUAUAUUCAAAAUAUAAUAUCUAUAUUUAUAA